UUGUUUUUAAUAGCAGGACCUAUAGACAUGUGCAUGAUGAAAACCAGACCUGGUGGCCUGUACCGAGUCUAUGUUUGAACCCUUGCCAAGUCUGCAGCUGUGGCCCUACAAAAUACCCAGGUCCAGGCCCCAAGGACCUAGCAAGCCACGCCCAGUUAGCCUGGAGUCCAGCCUUGUUAGCGUUAGUCCGCGGGGUAGCGAAUCUCGGGGAGCUGACUCGACCCUAACAAGGCUUGACUCGAGGCUAUGGCCCAGUUUGAAGGCUGUAGCCGCACCCCAGCAGUUGUUGUUGUCCGAGAACGGGAGACAGAAGGGAACCAAGAUGAACACCCAUCUGAAGCUCGCCCUGCUCGUCGCCAGCCUUUUUCUAUCGUUCUUCGUGGGAGCUGCCAUCUUCCAAAGCAUCGAGGGCAAUUUGGAGUACUCACGUUCAAGUUCCUUCUUUGACUGUUAUUACUACUGCGUCACGGUAACGACCACUGUAGGCUAUGGGCACGUCACUCCCACCACAACAGGCGGAAAGUUCUUCACGCUGUUUUACGCCCUUGUCACCAUCCCGUUACUGGUCAUCACUCUGGCAGACAUCGGAAGGAAGCUGGCUAACCUUAUUGGCUUAGCAGAGGCUAAAGUCCUGGGACGGGUGAAAAAUCGACAUCUGCGCUUCACGAUGAUCGUGACGGUGACACUUCUGUCCGGUGUUGUCGUGUUCCUGCUCAUCCCUGGUGCCAUCUUCACCGCGCUGGAGGAGUACUGGACAUUCAUGGACGGGUUCUACUACGCGUUCGUCACACUCAGUACCGUCGGGUUCGGUGACUUGGUGGCCGGGAUGACUAUGGUGGUAGGCCCGCCCGGAUCUGCUACCAGCAACGUCUACAUCGUUGCCCUGUCCAUGUACACACUGUUGGGCCUGACGUGGCCCGCCACACUCUGGGUCCUGGCGGCUGACUACCUGUACGGGUCAAAGGACACCGAGCAGGGACAAGAGCCGGGACAGAAGACCGAGGAUGUCGCGAUCUAGAAAAACGGAAACUUCACAGUUUUCCUGCUUAACAGAGGGAAAAAACCUCGUGAACAAAAGUUAUACUGCACUAAUGAUUUAGUAUCACCGUAUUCAUAUGCACAAAGCGAUUUCAUG